UCACUCAGGGCAAUAAAUAGGGCAAUAAAGUGUUCAGGGAAGUUAUACAAAACAAAUGGUAUGGCCCACUAAAGGGGUGUCAGCAUGCUGUUUACAUUUGCCGUGGCAACAUAUUUUAGUGUUAAAAUAUUUACAAUGUGUCAUUUCUAAGUGUUUUUGUCUGCAUUGAAAAUAGGAGUCCCACCAUCAUUUUAAACCGACCCAAAUUUCAUUUCCACACCCCGACCACAUAACGUCCAAUCACAACGCAGUAUAAAAAAAACUAACAUCCAAUCAUUGUACUCAGUGGAUAUUUGGGGCGGGAUAAAUCCGCUCUAUAACCUUUGAGUGGCUGGAAAGAAGGUGUGCGGAAUUAGUGUGGGAAAAGACAAGUGUUGCCAGAUUGGACAAAGCUCACGGAGCUGGGUUGUUUGUAUUUGCAUUAGACUGUAAACACUUGUUUGUUCUCGUGGAAACGGAAGGUUUCGAUUUGGUCCGGAUUACAGUCUAAUCCUCUAUCACAAUCUGGCAACCUCGGUACAUUCACGACGAAGUGAACCAGGCGGAUAUUCUGAUCCAUACGGCUUCAUCUCUCUCUCUCUCACACACACAAACACGCGCGCAGUAACCGGAGACGCGUCGGGCAAUGAGAGUGAAGCAUGGGGCCGAGGGAGGACUGGCGGUCACCACAGAGGAGGAGCUGCUCAAGAAGCCCGUGAUAACGCCGGACGAUGUGCUCGGCCUGGAAAUGAUUACUGACAAUUACUUGUGUAGUCCAGAGGAUAAUGUCCACAAGAUCGAGUUCACCAGGUUCAAGAUCCGUGACAUGGAGACAGGGACAGUUCUUUUUAAGAUCACCAAGCCUCCUGCUCUGGAAAGCGGAGAGGACAGAAGAAAGGACCUUGACCCUAACGGCGGGCGGUUUGUACGCUAUCAGUUCACUCCAGCCUUUCUGCGGCUACGACAAGUCGGAGCUACGGUAGAAUUCACAGUAGGAGACAGUCCCAUCAACAACUUCCGCAUGAUCGAGAGACACUACUUCCGAGGACGUCUGCUGAAGAGCUUUGACUUUGAGUUCGGUUUUUGUAUCCCCAACAGCAAGAACACCUGUGAACACAUCUAUGAAUUCCCUCCCCUCUCUGAGGAGCUUAUGAAUGAGAUGAUCCAAUACCCAUACGAGACAAAGUCAGACAGUUUCUACUUUGUGGACAACAAACUGGUGAUGCACAACAAAGCAGAUUACUCUUACAGCGGCGGCCCAUAGGAGCUUAACCAGAAACAUGGACUGAAGCAUUAAUGCUCCCAAUCCACUCUUGGAAUAUUUGUUUGGCAAAAUAUACCCCAACCUCAGGGCUUGUAUGUAAGGAUGAGCUGUGUGUGUGUGUGUGUGUGUGUGUGUGUGUGUGUGUGUGUGUGUGUGUGUGUGUGUGUGUGUGUGUGUGUGUGUGUGUGUGUGUGUGUGUGUGUGUGUGUGUGUGUGUGUGUGUGUCAGUCAAAAAAGGCAAUUCUAUGUAUACUGAAAAGUGGGUCCCACUGAGCCCUCAUGUUGUUAUUCCUAGAAUAGUCUCUUUUUGAUAAUUGCCUAUAACAGAGUGUGUGUCUGCAUGUAUGUGAGUGUAUAGUUGUGUAUACAUUCAUGUGCAUAUUUAGAUUGCAUGACGUGUUUUUCGUUUGA